AUGGCUGCAAUAUUGGUUCUUCCUAGUGUUGGUGCGGAUAUUGUUUGCCAGGACCUUAUCCCUACACUGCUUCUUUGUUUAACCUAUUUGACGGCACCUGGACCCGCACAACCAGGUCCUGGUUGUUGUUCCGCGACUUUAAGUAUAUCCGAGAUUGCUCUUCAAUCUCAAGCCGACCUACAGGGAGUGUGCACAUGUUUCAAAUCAGUCGCAGAUUCAGGAACCUUCCAAAUUAACUUUGGCAACGCCAAAGCUAUCACCAAGGUUUGCAACUUGCCCGUUGAUAUCCCUAUCGACGCCAGCGUCGACUGCACAACUCUUACCAUUCCAAAGUCUCCUCCAUCUUUGGUUUCAGUUCCAGCUCUAGCUCCAAGUCUGGUUCCUUCCCAAGUUUUUGAUGAAUUGUUUCGUUAG